AGGACUCUGAGGCUGUCAUGCCACCUAGUGUUUUACGUUUGAUCCCUGUUGGAGGACUCGCCGGUGUUUAUGUUUUAACAAGGGCGCUCUUGCUACAGGGAGUUACUAAUCUCUAUGGUUAUCUCGGCUAGCUUCAGAGAUGCAGCUGACGGUGAAAGCACUGAAAGGAAAAGAGGCCAAUAUUCAGGUCUCUGAAGGGGACACAGUCCUAGCAGUGAAACGACUAGUGGAAGAAAAGCUGAAAGUUCCAGUGUCACAGCAACGUUUAUUAUUCAGAGGCAAAGCCUUAGCAGAUGAGCAUUGCCUCUCACAUUACUCUAUUGGUCCUGGAUCAAGGCUAAACCUCAUGGUGAAAGAGCAGGUGGCUCCAGAGGGCAACAGUGGGAAUAAUACAGCAUGGAAAUCACUUAGUGUCAUCUUGAGGAAGCAUUUCAGCCCAGCUGAUGCAGAGAGAGUGCUGGAAUAUGUACAGAAGGACUAUGAACGUAGCUUAUCCCUUCUCAGUCUGGAUGAUAUAGAGCGGCUAGCAACGCGGAUUUUACACCCACAGUAUUCAGAAGCCACAGACCUUGGCUUCCUGGACUGAUACUGCUACCCAUUCCAUACACUGCACCAAUUUUCCUCCUAUGUGCCUGAAUGUCAACGACAGUAUGAAAAAAACAUGCCAUACCAAUCUGUGGCGUUUGCCACAUUGUUGUUACUGAUAAGGAUGCAUCGAUGCUGGCAGUGUCUAAACACGUGUUUUGCUGAAUCUCCCAUUAGAAUCACUCUUCUACCUAUUCGUCUUUUUUUUUUUUUAGAAAUGAGCUUAAGCUGAUCAUUCAUCCGUGCAGUGCUGGGGUCCUAUGUUUGAUUCCAGCCAGGGCACUAUCUGCAAGGAGUUUGUAUGUUCUCCCCAUGUCUAUGGGCUUGCUCCAGGUACUCCAAUUUACACCCACACUCGAAAACAUACAGCCAGCUUAACUGGCUCCUGAUAAAAUUGACCUAAUGUGUGUUAGAUUGUAAACUUCACUGGGGCAGGAAGUGCUGGGAAUUAUGUAUUAUCUCUGCAAAGCACUGCAGAAUACUAUAUAAAUAAAUAAAUGAUUAUAAUAAUGUA